AUGUUCUCAUCAACAGCUCUUCGAAUGCAAGAAUAUGAUGAUACAAACCCAGAACUCUUCAAAUUCCUUGUCAGUUCACGAGGAAUAACUUACAUUGCCUUAGCCGGGUUGUUUGUUUUCAUUUCGGCAACAUUAGUAUUAAACUUCCUUGGUGAAACAGCUAUUAUGUACUAUGGUGUAGCUGUUCUCGCUUCAUUCUUCUUUAUUCGUCACAUUGUUGGCGAAAAUAAGAUCAGAAUGUCAUCUCAGAUCGCUGCUAAUCAUGUUAAAUGUCAAUAG